GCCCUCUCCAGCCGCCGCGAUUGCCCAAAGCCCCGGGGAAGAUGGUGGAAAAUUCACCGUCGCCCUUGCCAGAAAGAGCCAUCUACGGCUUUGUGCUUUUCCUGAGCUCUCAGUUUGGCUUCAUACUUUAUCUUGUGUGGGCUUUCGUUCCUGAAUCUUGGUUAAACUCUUUAGGCUUAACUUAUUGGCCUCAAAAGUACUGGGCGGUUGCACUGCCUGUCUACCUCCUUAUCGCCAUUGUGAUUGGUUAUGUGCUCUUAUUUGGAAUUAACAUGAUGAGUACCUCUCCACUCAACUCCAUUCACACGAUCACAGAUAACUAUGCUAAAAAUCAGCAGUGGAAAAGCUACCAGGAAGAUGCCAUCCCGGCGUUAAGAGACGUCCCCAUUAGUGAAGUGAACAAAAUGUUCUUCCUCGAAGCUCGGGAGCUGCACACCCAAAAUUGAACUGUGUGUAAGCGCCCUAACACCAAACACUUACAAGUUUGGGGGCGAAAUAACUUUGAACAUAAUUACAUCGACUGUU